AUGGGUAGUACUGAUGAAACCAGUAAUGUUACUGCUAUUGAUUCCUCCAGUCCCAUGUUCCUCCAUCCCUCCAAUAUCCCUGGGAUUUCCUUAGUCCACACACUUUUCUCUAGUACUGGGUUUGGUGGGUGGAAAAGAAAUAUAAUUUUAUCUUUGUCUGCUAAGAAUAAAAUUGGUUUCGUAGAUGAAAUUGCUGAGAGUGUUCAAUAUUCAGAAACUACUGAAAGCAUCUGGGAACAAUUAAAUAAAAGAUAUGGGACAGUUAAUGGGACAAAAGUUUUUGAAAUAAAGAAAGAACUUGCUUCCACUAUGCAAGGGGCUCUUGACAUAACUUCCUAUUUCAACAAACUUAAGAAAUUAUGGGAUAAAUUUAGGGUAAUGUGUAGUAAUAAAGUAAAUGCUUGCGCAUUCCCUAUUAGAGCAGAACUUCUGAAAGAAGAAGAAGAGGAUAGAGUCCACCAAUUUCUAAUGGGUCUAAAUGUGAUAUAUGUUGGGGUUAGGAGUAAUAUUUUGAUGAUGCAAGCACUUCCAUCACUUGAUAACACCUAUAAUAUCCUCUUACAAGAUGAAAAAUACAGACAAGUAAAUCCUGGUCCAAAUUUUAGUUCUGAAUCUGCAUCCUUUAAUGUAUCUGGACUCAACAACAAGGCAUCUUUUGUUCAGCCUCAAAAACAGUAUACUCAAAGGGUUAAUUUUGACCAGAGUAAAGAAAACUUGAGUAAUCUCUUUUGCAAAUAUUGCAAGAAGCCUGGACACUUAAUUGAUAAGUGUUACAAGCUUCAUGGAUUUCCUCCUAAUUUCAAGUUUACGAAAGACAAGAGAAUUGCAGUCAAUGUGACUACAGAAUGUGAAUUCUCCAAUGAUUCCAACCCAAAAUCAUCUGGCCACACUCCUAAUGCCAACAAUGGUGUUAUUGUGGCUUCUGAGGGUCAAAAGUCUGCAGUGCCUGGUAUAACACAACAACAGUACACUCAGUUGAUAAAUCUUCUUCAGCAAUCUCAACUAUCUGAUUCAAUCACUCCACCUCAUCUCAUGGCAUCUGCCAAUUUUGCUGGUAUAUUAUUGUCUGAUCCUAUAGUGUCUGGUUCUAAUUCUUGGCCAUUUUUGAAGAAGCCUCUGGAGCUUGGUAGAGUGGAUGAUGGACUCUACAAGUCAGAGUUGCCUUUGACAUCUCUUCCACACAAUUAUGUUGCUGAAAAUUUUAAUUCUUGCAGCUUGUAUUCUGAUGUUUCCCCCACUUCUGUAAAUACUUCCAUUUCCACUUGUAAUAAAGAUGCACAAGAUAAUAUGGACAUUGUUUGGCACCAAAGACUUGCACAUGUUCCUUUUAUGAGAAUGAAGACUAUUUCUGCUCUCUCUGUUUCUUCUAAAUAA